UGUACAUUUGCCGUUAGUAUUGUAUGUUCUCUUUUGUGUGUGCGUGUACAUUUGGUAUACCGAUAGGUAAGAAUUCACUAACAUAUCAACCCCGAAAGUUGAUGCUAAGAGCACAAUUUUCUAUAAAUACUCGUUUUCUUGGCGAUGGCAACUUUAUUACAGUGUUAACCGUGUUUGUGUGCAUAUCUCUAGUGAAGUGAAAAAAUUCAAGUGAAAAAUGGCUCGUACUAAGCAAACUGCCCGUAAAUCGACCGGUGGAAAGGCUCCCCGUAAACAACUAGCUACCAAAGCUGCCCGUAAGAGUGCCCCAGCCACCGGCGGUGUUAAGAAGCCUCAUCGUUUCCGUCCUGGUACAGUUGCUUUGCGUGAAAUCCGUCGUUACCAGAAGAGUACUGAAUUGUUGAUCCGCAAAUUGCCCUUCCAACGUUUGGUUCGUGAAAUCGCUCAAGAUUUCAAAACUGACUUGCGUUUCCAGAGCUCUGCUGUUAUGGCCUUGCAAGAAGCCAGUGAAGCCUACUUGGUUGGUCUUUUCGAAGAUACUAACUUGUGCGCCAUCCAUGCUAAGCGUGUCACCAUCAUGCCUAAGGAUAUCCAAUUGGCCAGACGUAUUCGUGGAGAACGUGCUUAAAUUCUUGACGUUUUAAAAGCAACAAUUUUACAACAAAACAAUCGGUCCUUUUCAGGACCACAAA